CUGUGCCGUACUGCCCCGCUUAGCUGCUAAGAGGCCUCCUGGCAAGGCCUGCGCACAUCUGUUAUCAAGAUCUGCCUGCGUUGGUUUAAUGGAUGCGGAUCUGCGAAGCGUCGUUCUGGACCACCUCGAGCAGCGUGGUUCCAUCGACGACUCGGUGCAGCUGGCGAGCGAGCAGCAAGCAUGCGACCACAACAAGCUGGUUGGCGCACUCAAGUCGCUGCAGGCGCUCGAGAUGGUGGAAACCGAAGCCUUCGAGAAGAAGAGCUGGGUGCUCACUGAGGAGGCCGAGAGCUACGUCGCCAAGGGCACACCCGAGAAGCAGGUGUUCGACCAUGUCAAGGCGGCGGGUGACGAGGGCGUGACCCAGGCGGACCUGCAGGCCGCCCUGCGGGACGUGGCCAAGGUCGGCUUCGCCAAGGCCAUGCAGAACAAGUGGGUGGUGCUCAACAAGGAGACCAAGAGGGCCACGGCCAACGUGGGGGACAUCGAGGACGAGGGCAAGGAGCAGCUGCAGCUGGUGGCCAGAUGGGGCGGCAACGCUGCUGACCUGGCCGCACACCUCGACGACAAGAAGCUGCAGGUGCACACACAUCACACCACAGCUAUGCACAGUGCACAGAAUGGCCAUGUGGGGCGGUGCGGGGCAUGUGAGUGUCUGUGUUUGUGUGUGGCUUGUCCGUCAGGAUCUUAAGAAACGGAAGUUGGUGUCACAGGCGUCUGUGACGGCCUAUGCGGUUCGGAAAGGUCCUCAGUUUUCGACGACGAUAGCCAAGAAGGAGGCCGACCUGACGCAGGAGAUGAUCCUCAAAGGCACAUGGAACAACACGGGUACGCCACGCCCAUGGACGGGAGAUAAUGGGUUGUGGGGUGGGUGUGAAGUCGGCAAAUGCGAUGGAUGGAUGGAUGGAUGUCCUCCUGUGUGUGUGUGUGUGUGUGUGUGCAUCAGAGUUCAAAGAGUACAAUUUCUUUGCUGCUGGGAAGGAUUUGGGCGGCGGUCACCUGCACCCAUUGCUCAAAGUGCGGGCGGAGUUCAGGCAAAUACUGCUGCUCAUGGGAUUCGAGGCAAGCCCACACACACACCCACACCACACACACGAUUUGAUGCGAUUCGACGGACGCCGAUUCACCCGCCCGCCGUCCAUGUGUGAAUGGUUUGGUGCAGGAGAUGCCGACCAACAACUGGGUUGAGUCAUCGUUUUGGAACUUCGAUGCGCUCUUCCAGCCGCAGCAGCACCCUGCGAGAGACGCACACGACACCUUCUUCCUCACAGUGAGCACAUCACAACUGACACCACACACACACACACUCUCAUGAAUGGAUGGAUGGAUGGAUGGAUGACGACCGACCACUGCUGAUCCCCCCCCCUCUCUCCUUCCCUGUGCGUGCGUGUCAGCAUCCCCAAUCUGCGGACCGUUCGAAGAUUGACGGCAGCUAUUUUGAGAGCGUCAAGAGGAUGCACGAAGAGGGCGGUGAGGGGUCCAUCGGAUGGCGAUAUGAAUGGUCGGUGGGCAUCAAUCACACCACACACAUAUAUAUGUGGGAGGGGACCGACAGUCGGCCGUUCCGUUGGAUGUGGUGUUGUGUGAUGGCGUGCGUCAGGUCAGAGGAGGAGAGCCUGAAGAACGUGCUGCGCACACACACGACGGCCGUGUCGAGCCAAAUGCUGUAUCGGCUGGGGCAGCAGUACCAGAAGGUAUGGCCAAGAGUGAGACAGACUGUCUACACCUGUCUGGCUGUCUGGCUGCAUGAGCUGUGUGGCUGUGUGCGUGCGUGUGUGUGCAGGACCGCGUGUUCACUCCCAAGAAGUACUUUUCGAUCGACCGUGUGUUCCGCAACGAGACGCUCGACGCGACACACCUGGCCGAGUUCCACCAGGUAGGUACACACGCACACACACAGAGAGAGAGAGCAGGUGGAGAUGGAGGGGCUGGCUCACGGACGGAUCGGUGUUGUGUUGUGUCGUUGGGCGCGGCGCUGUGUGUGGUUCAUUCAGGUGGAGGGUGUGGUGGCCGACAAAAACCUGAACCUGGGCCACCUGAUCGGCAUCUUCAAGGAGUUCUUCAGACGGAUAGGAAUCACAAACCUCAGGUAAGUAACUGAAGCAGAGCAGGGCGCGGUGCAGAAACAAACACCGCUGGGUCCUCGUGCAUUCCCUCGCCCAUUGUCCGUGUGUCGUGUCCGUGUGUGUGUGUGUGUGUUUAUAGGUUCAAGCCAGCGUACAAUCCCUACACCGAGCCGUCGAUGGAGAUCUUCGGAUUCCACCCGCUGCUCAACAAGUGAGUGAUGACCGUGAUGAGAUGACCACCUCCUCCCCCACACACAUGCACUGCACUGCACACGCACGCGCGCACAAGUCAGUCCGGGAGGGACAUGUGUGUGUGUGUGGUGUCUGUGUUGGUCUGUCUAAUCAGGUGGGUCGAGGUGGGCAAUUCGGGCAUCUUCCGGCCCGAGAUGCUGCUGCCCAUGGGCCUGCCGCCCGAUGUGCAGGUCAUUGCAUGGGGACUCAGCCUCGAGAGGUACAAGAACCUCACAAAUGCAAUGCCCCGCACGUGUGUAUGCGUGUGUAUGUGUGUGGUCACUUCCUUGGUGCCUCAGGCCUACGAUGAUUCAGUACAACGUGGCCAACAUCCGGGAUUUGUUUGGCCAUAAGGUCGACCUUGCGAAGCUGAAGACCAACCCCGUCUGCUGGCUGGGCAACUCACAAGAACAGACAUAGCCACACGCCAAGCCCAUCCAAGCCAGCCGAGAGAGAGGCGAUGUUUAUCAACACUGCAAAUGCUGUCAGUGGAGAGAGACGGACGGUUGACAAUGUUCAUGUGGUUCCCCGGGCGGAAUGGAUGGACAGAUCUCCCAGAUGCCUAAAGCGGCAGCAUAGGCAUAGGCAUGCGCACGGCCUGUCCAGCUGUAUUCCCGUUUGCUGGGAGUGCCUUGACCGAAUUAAAG